UGCACAUCUUACACGUCUUAACAUCCAUAAAGGGUAUUGUUCGAUCUCUGAGAACUUUGAUUGGAUGCUCAGGACAUCCUGUAUGUUGCUGUAUGAGUAUAAAUCUGACGCAUCUUCUCUCUCUGCAUCAGCUUGAUUCUCCGGGGAUCCUGCGCUGCGACUGCUCUACACCACAGCAUCAAGACUCUGAACAACUCACUGCAAAGACUACUGUUAAAACAACCUGUUCAUUUACUCAGAUCAACAAGGUGAUGGAGAUCCACGCGUCUGCUGUGAUUCUGCUGCUGAUCUUGGCUGCUUCUUUCACUGCUUAUGGAGAUGAACAACCACCACCAGACAUAAAUCCUCGUUAUCAAAAAUUCCUCAGUCAGCAUGUGGGUCUUCGAGUGAGUGAGCAUGCUUGUGACAGAGAAAUCAGAAAGAGAGAUAUCACUGCCUCUGGAACUGAAAAUGGCUGCAAAGAAGUCAACACUUUCAUAAAAGCAAAAAAGGAUAUUAUUAGAGUAGUUUGUGGCAAAGGAGGAACUCCACAGGGCAAAAAUCUGUUUAAGAGCAACAAGCCUUUUCCUGUGGUCACAUGUAAAUUAAAAAGUGGGCAGAGACACCCAAAUUGCCAAUAUAGAGGGAAGAAGUCCACUCGUUACAUUGUUUUGGGGUGUGAUAGAGGAUGGCCUGUACAUUACGAGGAAGGCAUAAUUUAAUGCAUAGAUGACAGGCGAAAUAGAGCCUCACAAUGAUUUACAAUAUUUUGCUAAUCGUUUGUUCACCAUUUUUUUUCUGUCAAAAAAGUGCAUUGGCUUUUAACUAUAUUUUCAGAUGUGCUGUUAAUAUGCAAACCACUGCUUGAUACAGUUUAAAGUCAACCAAUGAGGCACAGCUGUGAACAAUAGAUUUAUAACAUUGUGUGUUGUGCCUUAAAAAGCUAUAUUACAUUGCUUAUUAUAUUGGAGUAAUAGAUAAUUGACCUCUAUCAUUAUAGUACUCUGUAGGAUGGGGAAUAAAGUCUCUCAUAUCAUUGCGAACCAGUCUGUUUUUACAUUCAUUAAGCAUAAUGUUCAAAUUGUAUUUAACUUUAAUUAUAUAUUCUUCAUAACCUUUCUGAGGUCUUCACUUCUUCAUGCAAGUCUCUGUUUGUAAUUGUGCAUUUGUGUGCAAAUCAUGUACAUGAUUCAGCUAGUCUAACACAAUUUUAAGCACUCGUUUAACAAUUAUUUGGCAUUUAAAAAUAAUAAUAAUAAUAAUAACAAUAAUAGAGAGUAGUGGAUGUGCAAAAAUAUAUGAGGAUAAGAAAGAUAAAGAUGUUCAACACCUGUCUCUAAUCUUCAAAUAAAACGUCUCUACUACCCUUAAACUC